GUUUUGUUAUCGGUAAUAAAUUUACGGUAUAGCACCUGUUUGUUUAUGUAUUUGCAGUUUUCAAAAUGGCACUCUAUUGGUGUGUGGGACUAUAACCGAAAAGUCUCUGCAAGGUACGAAGACCCUUAUGAACUGAAGUGAUUUUACCGUGUCAUGACAAGUUACAUGGUGUGCCUCCGGGAUGAGAUAAAAAAAGAGGUUUGUGUCAUGACGUAAAAGUCAAUAGGUUAGAGCUUAUCAUGUUCAAUGGUUACAAUGAAGCACCGAAUUUUUACAACCAAAGCUUGUUUGAUAGUUGUAAUCAUCCAGGGCUUUUGAGUGGGGAAAUGUCAAAACAUACAUCAGCACCACCUUGGGAAUAUUCGCCUCAACCGUAUAACAACGUACCAUGUUAUGCUGGACAGCAACAUUUAUCUCACAGACAGUUACCGCUUAUUCAUAAUCAAGUUGUUUCUCACCUGGAAAAGAAAGAUAGUUCUUUGAGUGCUACAAGCAGCACUCAUAAUUACAGUACAAAUAGUGCUCACCAGUCUGUUGUUAAGCCAACAGCUCUUAUCAAUUGCCAAGCAAAUUGUAAUGCUUGUUACAGUCAUUCUAACAGAGUUCCACACAACUGGAAUCCAUCUUCUGAAAGUGUUAGGUAUUUAAACCAUGUUUCACUAUCCAAAGAACUUCCGAGGUACCCUCAUGGUGUUUCCAACUUACCUACUGAGGAUACAAGGUUCAUGGGGGACUUCAGUAGUACAUUUGACAAAUUACCAUUUUUUCCACGAGAUACUGUAGAAAAUUUAAGUCAUGCUAGUGUUCCAGGGUCUGCAAAUAAGAACGAGUUUACACCAUCAGUUCAUGAUGGCCAACUCCAAAACACUACCCUUAGUAAAGACAUAGAGUCUGUCAAGAAAGAGAAGUGCACAAAAUGUCGAGGAAUAUGUAGAUCAAACUGCAAACCAAGCAAGCAACAAAAUUCUGUCAAGCCUCCCAAUCAAGAUCAACUUAAUGUUUCUAGAGAAAAUGUUGUCAGGUACUCCGGCCAUCCUUCACUUAACAGUACCACAUGGCCAAUAGCUAGUCAAGCACAAUCAGGUAUGUGGUUUCAGAAUGCUCAGCCAUCAUUUUGGAUGUCUCACAAUGAUGUCCAGAUGCCCUCUGCAGACUCUUUUAGUUAUUGGGGAAACAAUGAAGACCUGUCAUCAAACAUUUCCCUGCACCAUGGUCGCUCUGGCAUGCAAACUAACUCACGUUAUCCAGUGCAUACUGGAAGCCAGGAAAGUGUUGCUGCUCCAGAUAAAUUCAAAGGUAUUGAGGCUUAUCAAGAUUCAUACAAACACAAGGUUAACGAGAAUAAAACUAGUGGUGUAAACCAUGGUGAAAUUCUUAGAAAAGAGCUCCAAGAACCAUUUCAAAAUCAUAAAGUUUCUAAGCAGCGUGCUCAAGUAGCAAGAUCUCAUGAUAUGACAAGAGAAUUUUCUGGAAGAAGUUGUAAUUUAAGUUCUCAGAUGCAAGACAUAGCCAAAGCUUCUGUUUAUGAAAAUUCAGGUGAAUCAUCAUUCACGAGUGGGGAUGAUUGUAAGCUUUAUGGAACUGCUAAUGUCGCAAACAGCAUUAGAACCAAUACUGCAAAUUUCAAUUCAUAUCCAUUUGUUAAUGUCAAUAAUGGAUAUAAUAUGGGCCUUCCUCAACCUUUAUCACAAUUUAGCUCUCAUAUUUCUUACAAUCAGACAAAAAUAGAUGGUGGCAGCAAUUACGUAAACAACAUGCAGUAUCCUAAUGCAACUGCAGUUGGGUCAUUUAUUCCUCCACAGAUUGAAAAUACCCACGUUAAUAAUUUUGUUCCUGCACUUGCCAAAGCAAAUCCCACAAACCAUCAUCAAUUGCCUAACAGUUGUAUUCAGUACAACCCUAAUAAGAAAAGCUCUGUCAAUUUCAGUGUUUCGCAUCAGUCAACUUCACAUCCAGUUUCCGACAUCAUCAAGUAUAAUUUCACCAAUUCUGGACAAGAACCUACUUAUUCCAUGUUGCAGUCAUGUAACAAAAUGUCUGAAAAUGUUACAUGUGGUAAGAAUAUGCAGAUGAUGUCUGCCCCAAAUGCUUAUGCAGAGAAAGUUGGGUCAAAAAACAAUCCUUAUUACUUCAGUAACUUACCUCACAGUUCAAAUAGUGCUUACCCAACGGUUGGUAAUAAUGUACAAAUGAAACCACCUUUCUGUUUUGAUCCGGUGGAUGGUAGGAAGGAUGGUGGAUCUAGUAAUAUGUUUUGUGAAAGUGCAUCCGAUAACAGAAGCAAUUCAAAUUUCUCGUAUGAGAAUUCUCAGCAUCGGAAUUCAAGCAGCGUUGACAUUUCUCCAUCUGCUCAUGUAAGCGAUAGUUCCCCAGUACAGGUUGAUUCUCCUUUCAUGACGCAUUCACCAGCAGGCAUGAGUCGACCAAUUAAGAAGAGGAAACCCAGAGUAAAGAGUGCUGCAAGAAGUGAGCAGGUGCACAAAGGACCAAUACUGGACGUACGACAAUACUUGGCCACGUGGGAUGAAGAGAGUGAUGAUGUGACCACCAUGCACAGGCUACCAGAUGUUUUGUCAGCGGAUAACAACUCGGAUGGGCUCACAGUUCUUAGUGGCCCUGGGGGGAGGGCACCCAACCCAGCACUUGGACUGGUACCUAUGUACAAUGAGCUCGCAGACGAUGGCAGCGAGUGUUCGAGUGUGCACUCGGAAAAUGCUCAGUCAUGCCAACAAGCUAGUGCUGAAAGUUUACCUGAAAAAAGUGCUCACUUUGUGAAUCAGAGUGAAUCAAGAGUAGGAAUUGUAUUGAAUAAUGGUAAGCAUGAUAGCAUUGUAGAAGAUGAUAUGAGGGAUAAAAGUUUUGGUAACACAGAACAACAAAUUUCACCGGGUUAUCCCAGAGUACAGACACAUUCCCUAGAUCAUAACUCAAGCAUGUCUCCACCAGCUGAUGGACAGCAUUUGGUGCACUUGCAAUCACAGGCUCAGAAAUAUUCAGGUUUAGAAGAUGAAUACCUACCUUCUAAUGAAACCAAUAAUGAGAGUUGUAGUACAGUUAAAAAUCUGAGUGAAAAAAUGGCUCCUGUUGCAGUUUCUUUAGCUCAGAGUUUUGAAACAGCAACAGUUUUACUAUCUGAAGAUAAUCAUGAAACAUUAAGUUCUUGUGAUCUGGUUUCUGACUUGCACCUUUCAGAAGUUGCUCCUGUAUCCACAGGUGAUGUAUCUAAUUUGCAUGAUGCCUUGUCAGUUGCUGUCCCAUGUGCCAAAGUAAAAUUGUCACAGCAAGAAGAAUGCCUCCAGAGUUCUCGCGUGGAAAGCAAUGUAUCUUCAAAAAAUCAGAUGAUAUGUCCCAGUAAUAACAAGUCUGGAAUGGAUGAUACAUCUUUAAGUAAUGAAAAUAAUUUGCAGGAGGCAGGCGUAAGUACUCAUGAGUGUGAUAUGGUAAAUUUAGAAGAUGCUGUUUGUAAGGAUGUUGAUAAAGGUAUUGAGAGUGUAAAACAGCAUAAUGUUACCCAACCGUAUUAUGGUGAAGAUGAUAAAAUUAAAACUGCUGAUGGCGAGUGUUCAGAUGCUGCUUCACGGAGUAGCUGCCAGGUAGUGAGAGGUGAGAAUGCAUUGCCUAUUGCUACAAAAGAUGGAGUUUUGAAUCAUUGUGAAAGUGAUAGGGAAGUGUUCAUAAGUACUGACAUACAGUUCCCGGAUUUGAGCUACACUGAUUCGGACAGCAGUGUCGAUACUGACCUGCAAGCAGACAAAGGUGUUCUUAGUGAAGACAUGGUUUCUCAACCUCAGUCAACACAUGAAUCCUAUUCUGGAAAACACUCAGAUCCAUUGUUUAUAAAGAACUUUGUGAAUGAAAUCACUUCUAAUAUACCCAGUUUUGAUGGCCACCUGAGUGAUGAAAAAGAAACCUUAUGUGUUGAUAAGAAGGUGGAGGAAAGAAAUCCUGAAGUAGAAUCAUCAUCAUCUGAAUGUAAUGUGCUCACUCCUUCAAGGUCAACCAUUUUGUCACAGUGUUCUAAAAGUGAAAACUGUGAAGAUGUUAUAGAUAAGGAGUUGCAUGGUCACCGUUCAUGUGAAUCAUCAGCAAAGUUACAAAAUUGCACAACUGUUAUUACGAAUUUGAAUGGUCAUAUGACAGAUUACGUUGGCAAUUCAUUUGGCACUAAUUUUAGGGAAGCGAAACUGAUCAAUAAAAAAAGCUUGCGAGAUAAGACUAGUGUAAAGCGAAAGCUUUCACUAGGACAGAAGGUUAAAAAUAACAUGUUUAUGAACUCACAUUUUGUAAAGAGAAAAAUCAAGUUAAAAACUCAAGAAGCAAAGAAGUGUAUCUCUAAGUUAACUUUUAAAACUAGGAUCAUAAAAUGUUUUUUGAAGGAAAGGGGAAAACGUAAGCAAAGAGUUAAAACAUUAAUUAAAAGGCAAGCAUGGUUUACUUCCACAAGUGACAAAAAUAAAUGUGUUUCUGCUUUAAGUCAGUCUAAAGGUGCUGGUAAUGAUGAUGAAAGAAACAAACUUAAAGAUACUGUAAUGAUAGUAAAAGAAUAUGAGAGUAUUGAGAGAAAAUUAAAACAUCCUUCUGAAAAUGGUACAUAUUCUGCAGUAAGUGAUUUGAAAGUUGAAGUUGAGAGUACCAAGUAUGAAGAAAAUGAUAUAGCUAUGAACCUUGUUCUGGAGUCUACUAAUGAAGAACAUUUUACUGAUAGCUGUAAAAGCUUAGAAAAACAUGUGCUGGAGCCAGCAAUUACUGACUCCAAUCUGAGUGAACAGGGCCUUUGUGAAACCAGUAAAACUACUAAUGAGAUGGAAGCAUUGGUGUUAAACAAUCCUGCUUCUUUGGAAUGUAAUGAAAAUGAUAGAUCUUGUGAAAGCAGUGAAAAAACAGUAGAUGAAGCAGUGGAUCUGAGAGUGUACAAUCCAGCUGAUACAAAGAUUUACUCUUCAAAUGAAGAAAAUAAAUCUUCCUUAACAUGUGACAGAGAAAUCGGACAAGAAGUGAGCAGUUCAGUGAAGAUUGUCACUUCCAGUUUUACUGAUUAUGUCACUUCUAGUAAUGUACCAAAUCCUAAAGAAAGAGAAGUUCAUGGAUGCAUCCAAUCUAGUUACUGCAAACCAAAUGCUUCUACUAAUGUUAUUCAUUCUCGGUGGAAAGAUUGUGAAAUGUGGAACCGGAAUUCAACUUGUUUAACAAAACCAAAACCAUCUGAAAGCAAGUAUGACCCAGACUCUGGGUUGAUUUAUAACUUUGGACCAUGUGUAGCAGCAGAAUUUGUGAGGAGUAACACUCCAAUUCAGAUAGAAGCUUUAGAUUUGUGCAAACACAACUACAAGGAACAAAUAAAUGAAAAUGAAGAGAAGAAAGAAGUAGUUGCAAAGGCAUGUGUCACAUUCAGCAAUUGUAUAUUAGAGCAAGAGGAGGAUCCUCAAGAUGACAAACUAGAGUCCAUCCCAGCAGCAGUUGAAAAUGUAUUUGAUGAAACAGCAGGACACAAACACAAAUCUACACAACUUGGAUUCACUGAGAAAUGCUCUGUGAAAGUUGUGCAUUUUAACAAGAGUACAGGUGUCCCAGAUGGUCCUGAGUGUGAAAAUUUGAAAGGUGAUGUCAGUGAUGUGACGGCAUCAUUCAGUGAUGACGACAAAUGCUCAAUGAAAAUCUUUUCAACUUCUGAUUGUAUACACACAUUCAAAAAAGAUAAAUCAGCAAGUUGUGAUAGUAUUUCCUUAGAUAAAAUUUCUGUGCAUCUUAAGCAGCCAGAAUCACCAUUUCACAGUGCUGAAAAAACAAAAGAAUGUCUUGUUGCUAAUGACUUUAAAGAAAAUAAAACUGCUUGUAAAAUUAUUAAUCACGAUUCCACUGGAUCAGAGUCUUCAGGUAACAUCAUCAACAGAACAGACACAUCUGUGUUUCAAAACGUUGAGUUUGAAGAUGGAAAACUAAAGUCAGUGGAAAGCAACUGUUCAAGUGCAGUGUCUCCUUUCGAAGAGAUGCAUGUAUGUAAAGGAUCUAAUAAGUCUGAAUUGGAAGAUGAUAGUGAGCAUGAUUUAGGUGAAUCUGAAUCUACAUUGAAUGUUCAAGGGCAAGCUAAAAGUGAACUACAGUUAGUUAAAAGCCACAGAACAGGAAUUAUCAAUUCUCCAAGUGACAAAGACUGUGAAAUUGUUACAUCAGCAGAUAAAAACCUGCACACAUUGUCUUUGGACACACAAAACAAAAAUAUUGGUGAACAGCAGCAGUCAGAUUACAGUUAUGAAAGUAGAACUCCCAGUAUGAUGGAAGAUUCUAAUCAGUCAGAGUCAUUUGACGAGGGUAUGUCUAGAAAGGAAUCAUUGCUAUAUGAAAAUGUUAAAAAUCAUAAUAAUGAACUGCAAAUUAUAGGGAAAGGCAACACUGAUAAAAAUGAAACAGUGUCUGUGAGUAGUUGUGUCAGUAUGCCUGAAAAUUUUCAGGGUCAAGAACCUACUGCUGGAAUCAUUUCAUAUUGUGAGCAUUUAGACUUGGAAGACAGUAAAGUUGAUGAUCACCUAACUAUGGUAGACAAAAGUUGCAGCAUUAAAGCUACAUGUAAUUUACAUGAUACUAACACUCACUUGUCAGAAAUAUCUUCAACUGCUUAUACUCAAAAUGAAGUUUACAUUGAAUCACAAAAUCAAGAAAAUAGAUGCAACAUGGAAAUAGGCACUUCAACAAGCUGUCAGGAUUUGGGGUUAAAGUCUUUACCAUGCAACAAUGUUCAAGAAACAGCUGAAAUACUUGGAAAAAAUAAUGCAGUCAAAGCUGAAGAAAGAGGCUGUGAAUCUGAACAGGAGGUGUCUGAUUGUGGUCACGAUUCUGAGAAAUUAAGGGCAGAAGAUUCAAAUAUUAACAAAACAGGAAAUUCAACAUUAGAAAAGUUGUUGAAGUGUGAAGUUGAAGUGCAAGAGGUUAGCAGUUACAAAAAUAACACUGAUCUUAAUGAUCAAUGUCUUAUACAGCCAAAAUCUGCUCAUAACAUUUCUACUGUUCAAUUAUGUACAAGUUUAGAUGUUGAAGAUGAAGAUUGUAAUGGUAGCUUACACUGUCAUGAAAAAUACCAUGACAAUCAAAUAAUUAAAUUCACAAAUCCUGAAGACCAUAAAUCUGUAAGUUUUUUAUGUAGUAACUCAUGCCGUUCGGAAAAAUCGGAACCCGAUAGUGUUCAUUCUCAAACUGUUGACGUACCUGUAAAAAAGAUUGAGAGCAAAAAUCAUGUCCCAGAUGAAAGUGAUACUGUUAAAGAUAAAGAUAUUGAAAUACAGGAACAAGUUUGUAGCCAAGAGAAUGAAAUAAUUCCUACUAAUAUUCAUCAGAUUAAAGUUGCUGAAUGUGCUAGUGCAGACAUAAAUUGUCAAAAUCAGAUUGAUGGUUGGAUAUGUCAACGAGAUUCCAGCAUCCAAAGUAUCAAUGUGGGGUAUGGUUUAGAAGCUAAACGUUCAGAGUCGACAGAUGACAGCGAGUGCAGUAGUAGGUCAUCUUCAGCUUUAAAUGUACAAGAUAAAGAAGUUGAAUUUCAGGUAUCCAAUAACAUGCCCCAUACAAACGUUACUACUUUCAGGAGUAUUUCUGACAUCAAAAAACUAGAACCAGAACAUAAUAAUACAGCCAUGCAAGAAAAAUAUAUGGCACUAGGUGUUGAAGAUCAAAGUAAGGUUCUACAGGCAGAAAAUAGUGAACAUGAUCAAGCAUUAUACCAGCAACACAAUGUUAAAAAAACAGGAAUAGCUGUGAAUAGCGAUUUUGUAACCAAUGCAUGUGAAAAUGUAUCGAGUCCCAGUAAUUCGGUGGGGUUAGUAGACAGCACAACUAAACCUGUCUGUAUGUAUAAUUCACAUGAUCACAAAAUCACUUCUUUGGAGUUAGUUAAAGAUAUUGUCCAUAAAGAUAGUUUUGUAUGGGAUAGCAAUAGUGCUUUAAAGGACUGUGGAAAUAAAUUUGUAACGUUUGAUAAUUGGGACAAUGAUGUUGCACCAAACAUCAGUGUUAUAAAAUCCUUACAAAAUGUUUCACUAUCUAGCUGUAGAAACAUGGUUUCAACUGACACAGAAACUGAAGACAGAAAAUUGCAUGUUGAUACAGUGCAAGAGCAAAGUGUUUUGUCUUCGGACAUAAUCUCUUUGCCUGAAAGGAAUUGUAGAAAUGUAAUGAAAAAGGAAGUUGAGUCUAUGUUUGAUCCUCGGUCUUCAGAAGAUACAGGCAUGAGAUCUGAAAAUAUUGCCACUGAAGUUCCAAUGCAUAGAGAUGAAAAAAUGGACAUGGCAUUUGCUGCAGAUGAUACCAAAAAGAGUUGUGAAAGUACGUCAGACUUAUUGCAUUUGUCAUGUAAAAAUUACCAGGAGCUCAACAAACUAGAAAAUAGCAGGCCAACCAUGUGUUCAGAAAGAAAUGUCGAUUGUGAACCUGACACACAAAAGCAGGCUUGUGUGAUUGAAACAUUUGACGAUGGAGAAUUUGUAAACAAAGUUGGUGAAGAAAAUAAUAAAGUUGUAUUGCUAAGUGGUGAGGUUGGAGUUGGUAUGGUUACUGAUAAAAGUAAUGGUAACGAUCAACCAAAUACUUUGGCUGAUAAUAAAAGUGGGAAAGAACUGGAUGAUACAGUUAUUUUGAGUAAAUCAUCUGACAAGGAAAAUGAUAUUUUGGAAAGUAAUGUUUCCUUAGAGAUCAUUCAGAAUACACCACUUUCUGAAAUUUUGCAUGAAAAUGCUACUGAUUCUGCAACUAGUAACCUAAUUGUAGCUCAUUUAGAAAGGAAACCAGACAAAAUAAAGGAAAAAUCUUUUGAGGUUCAUAAAGAUUUGGAAAAUGAAAAAGAAAAGAAAAGUUCUCUUGAGCAUUCUGUAGCACUACUACAAUCAGAGUUCUGUCAUCCAGCUCCCACGCUGUGUAGUAAGAAUGAGGGAGAACAAGGUAAAAAUACAGUUUUGUAUGUUGAGAACGUAGAAACUGGAACGAACGUCAACAGUGAGACGGAAGUAAUACCUGCAAGCUGUUGUCGAACAUCAGCAGUAAAAACAGCGGAUGUUUCACCUGAAGAAGUUUCUGUAAAAAAUAUUAUACCUUUAAACUUGGAUGGAAAAAAUGAUGAGAAUCUUAACCAUGUUGAUAAAAUUAUGGCAGCCAAACAAGAUUUGCAAAUGGAUCUUCAAAAUUUAACUGGUGCAGAUGAAGAUGCUAUUAACAGCAAACAAAUGGCAGAUCAUUAUAUACCAAGAUUUACUACUAAUGAGGUGGGUGAAGCAUCUGAACAGAAGGAACUUUUUAAUUCAGAGCCUAUAAAGGAAAUAAAUGAUGGUGACCUUUGUGAAGAGGUCAGUGCUAGGCCAUGUGCACGUAAGGACAAUUGUGGAGAGUAUCUAGAAGAGGAAACUUUUCAAGCAUUAUCUCCAUGUCAUGAUGAAGUAGUUGAAGGCCAGCUCAUUAUCAUUCAAAACAACUGUAAAGAUGGUAUUACACACACUAUAAACAUAGCAUCCGAGGCUGUAGGAGUGAAUUCUGUGUGCUUAGAAACCUUGGAACGUGUGGAUAACAAUGGAGAAAGUAGCACAUGGCCAGUCAUAGUUGAAUCUGAUGAAACUACGCAAAUAUUUAUUGCAGUUGCUGAAGGGAGUACCGAUGACGAAGCUACUGAAAGUGAAAUGCCAUGCCUUGAAGCUGAAACACCAUUAUUGAAGUCACCAGAAAUGCCUCAUUUAGAAGCUAUGACCAAGAAUUUUCAAGAAAAUGAGAGCAGUGACCAAGAUUUCGAAAUGCCUGUUUUGGAUGUGAGCACAGUUAAAGAUGAUACUGAUGGUGCCAACAUGCCAUCAGACGCAGAGGCUGAAACUGGUUCACAUAUUGUGAUGCCAGAAUUAGAUAAUUGUGUCAUUACAUCUUCAGAAGACACAGAAGCUCUUGAGUUACAAAAGAUCAAAGAAAAUGGAAAUGAGGUAGUUCUCAAGACAAGUGACAGCAUGUAUGACCAGAAGGAAGUUAAUUUAUUAGAAGCAGAUGAACCCAUUUCAUUUAGAGAAAAUAUUUUGUCUUCAUCAGAAGUAGGGUAUAUUUUCCCCGCAUUGCUAUCAGAAAAUAUUGAACCAUCAUUUCAUGACACGCCACACAUUAUACCAGAUGAUUCAGUUUCCAAUUGGCCGUAUCUAGAAGAAGAAGUUCCAUCUGAGUUGGCUCCAGUUCCUGAAAGCACUAUUCCACUUUCAGAAGCACCCAGAGACACCACAAUCCUAUCAUGUUCCCCAAACUCUAAUUUCAGUGGUGCAUGUCAAUUGACAAGCAUUAUGAGAAACAAGUUUAGAGCCAAGGGUUGGCCCAACAGGAGGCCUCUGUACUAUAGUCGAUCUGAUAGACACAAAACUUUAAUAAGACAGAAAGGUUAUUCGAGCUGGAGUAGAAUAUGUGCACGCUCAAAAAUUGACAAAAGUAAAGCCUUCAAAGUAAACAAAAAUAAAAGAUACAAAGUGACUCAAGGCUGGCCUUAUUUUGGUAAAAAUCCAGUUAGGUAUAUGGAGAAUAAAACCAAAGAUGACCAAAAAAACUGCGGAAAUAAUGUUUUGGCUGAAGGAAUUGAUUGUCAUAGGAAAAUUGAAGUGCGCCUUGCUCAGAAAUGCGAGCAAGAGGGUGGUAUUAAAACUUGGUGUGUUGUUGGGUCAUCAAAAGGGAAUAACAAUCAUAGAUGGCCCGUUAUUGAAGAGAACAAUAAUGUUAUGACAACAAGCAAUGAUCCUUGCAAGAAUGAAGAUAAAGUUCCCAUUGUCCUUGUAAAGCGACUUGUCUUGAAGAAAUCAAGUUGUGAAGAUGAAGGCACCCAGGAAUACACUGUAAAAUCUGCAGAGAAUGAAGAUAUUUCUUCUGUAACUAAUGAAGAUAAGGAUUUAGAAGAAACAAAUUAUAGUGUCAUCCCUGUGCAUCAUAACAAAACCAUUGAAACAUCUUUGACGGAGAGAUUAGUUCACAGCAGUUUUGAUAUUUCAACAGAGACCUCAGCACAUGAAGAUGUAACUUCAUUAACAUGCACCGUGUGUGAUAGUAAUGCACCUACUUUGUCCUCCGCAGAAUAUUGUAGGAAGCAUUCUCCUAAACAUUUGAUUGGCUCCAGCGACUACGUGUCUGUUGACGAGCACCAGGUUAGCACACACCACGUACCAAGAGUGAUAAUUAAACGAACUGGACCUGGUAGUGCCAAGUACCAGAGUUUCUUGCGUACUUCACCAGGUGGCAGUCAAUGGCAACCAGUUGUGCAACUUUUGAGAAGUAGAGUUUUAGAUAAUCUCGCUAAGAAUGUUCUUCAAGUGGGUCCUGUCAAGAAAUUUAUAUCAUUGAGCAAUUUUAGGUUGGUUCUCAGGAAACGAUCAAAUGUUACGCCCGAGAGUGUUGUUGAAAGCGAUAGCAAACAAGCCCAAGUUAUUUCAGAGCCAUCAAAAGCUUUGGAUGAGGAAGACUUAUGUGAAGAAUGUGAAUCAGUUAGUAUGCUGACUGACUCUGAAAAGGAGAAUACUGUGAAAAACACAAGUAGUUGUAAAUAUGUAGUUCUAGAGAAUGCCAAAGAUACCUUAUUAACAUUCCAGCGACAGAAAAAUGAUUCUGAAGCUGAAGAUCAAUCAGAGCAGAGUGGUGGGAAGUUGAAUAAUUAUAAUGAGUCAUUCUCUGCAGAAGUUAUUAAUGCCAAGGCCAAAGAAAUUGUUUCCAGUACAGAAAUAAGUGAUAACGAACUUCCCACAAACAGAAACCGUGAUAGGAAAUGUAAAGCAGUCUUUACUUAUAUGGAAAGUAGCUCCGAAGAUUCUCAAGAAAAUAUUGAAAUGUUGUGCCCUGUUGUUAGAAUAAGCAGGAAGAGAUUGUCAGAGAAUGAGGACAAAAAUGAAAUUUGUGAUGAACUCUCUAACAAAAGACCAUUCAUUGGUGGUGAGAUGGAAGCUAGCAGUGCUGAAACCAUUGUGCCACUGACUUCUGGGAAAAGAAAGCAUAGUGUAUCUGAGAGCACUGAAAGCUCUCGGAAGAAAUCCAACUUGAGCAGACACAGCAGCAGCAGCAGCAGCAGUAGUAGCAGCAGCAGUGUUGAUGAUUUGCAUAGUUUUGGCUGCAGUGCAGGUGGUCUGGAUGACAUUGCGAGGGUCACCAAAGAGCGAGGACAGCGGAGGCCCAGGUCUUUGAGAUGCAAGAACGUUAGCACAGUGACGUUUGAAGAGCAGGGUCCUGAUUCGUGCGGAGUCUGCGACUACGUCUUUGUGGAUGAGGCAGACAAGGCGGACCACGUGAAGCAUCAUCCUUAUCACUGUCAACGCUGCCAUCUUGCAUUUCAGUCAAAGAUGGACUUCAGGAACCACCUGUCGACUGUACACCCACGCACCAAGGAGCAGCACCACUGCCUCCUGUGCGAGAGGACGUUCCCCACCGCGGCCCGGCACAAGGUCCACCUGACGGGGCGGCAGCACUGCUACUUGGAGAUGACCCAGCGCCGGACCAUACACACCCUGUUCAAACUCUUCACGAGCGAGUUCUGCCCGGCGCUGCCCCCACCGACCCGCGAGGAGCUGGCGGGGCUGAGCUGGUUCCCUUCGGAGCCAGGGACCAUCCACUUCUACCACCAGGCCACACCACUGCAGCUGGCUGUUCAGGACCUGAUUUGGCGGAGGAGGCAGUCUAGCGGGUCGAGCCCUGAGCCCGUGCCAGACGGGCCACAGGGCAGGUGAAGCGACGAGAGUAGCGCACUGCCUGUGCUUGCCUCCCGAGUCAUUUCCACGCAAUAUUUGAUCUCAGUGUAUUGAUGUAUUGUGUGGCGUAACUUCCGUCAAACUGUCACCAAGUGGAAUGUAGUUUCAAGUUUUUGUGCAUCGUGUUGCAGUCAUCGUGAUAAAACUUUAACGUGUGUGCCUGUUUCGGUGGUGCAGUUUGUUGCUUUUGUGCAUUGCCGUGUGUCCGUCCACCAAUAGUACCGAGUGUGCCUUUUGCCAAGUGUGCAUUCGUUAGAUGUGCAGCAUAGCACACGUGGAUGGAUGUUGCAAGCUCUGUUUAUGUGAUAACCGAGCAGGUGUUUGCUUAACUCUUUUUAGUCACAUUUGUGUUAAUGCAAAGUAUGGGAGAAAGUGCACUGCAGAUAAUGCACGUAACAUGAUGCUCAAUUUUAGGGACCAAGUUUAACUAUAUAUUUAGUAGGUAGAUGGGAAGAGAUUUAAUCAAAAUACUAUAAUGCAUAUAGUUAUAUCUUUAUACACACAGAGUAAGCUAUAUUUAUGUUGAUGUUAUGCAGGUGUCUGUUGGGCAGAAUUUUUAAAGCAUUAGGCAUGGUUAUUUUCCACCAUGAAACCAAAACUUCGGGGAAAAUACUGGUGUUGCUUUUUGUUAAACACUUAUGGGCAUUAAAUGAAAUAAUUGAGCUGUGUACAUUUUACUGUGUAAAGUUUGAAGUAAUUAUAUGCUUGUUGUACAUUAUGUUGUUGAGUAGUUAAAUGAUAGUGACUUCAUUUAAUUUUUACUAGUCGUUUUAUUUCCAGAGAGGUGAAGUGUAACUCUUAUAGGUUAAAGUUUUACAUUUUUUGGUACCAAAAAAGUUAGAAAUGCCACUAUUGUUAUUAGUGAUAAACUGAUAAGUUCCUAAAAAUAGAUGACAUGUGAUACUAUUUUUCAUUGUUUAUAUAUUAGUACCCUGUAACCUGUCGUCAGCUCUGCCCAACACACUGUGUAUUAUAAAUAUGUAUUAAUAUGAAUGCAGUAUAAGGGAAAUAAUUUGCAGAGUACAAAGUAAUGUUCUGUUUACAUAAUUGCAAAAAAAGUUUCUUUGUAGUUACCAAGUAUUACAUUUGAACAAUAUCUAAGCUCUAAAUUCUGAAAGAUCGAUGGGAAAUUUUUUGUGAAAUAGUCGUGAUAAUAUUGUACAUAUAUAUUCUAUGUACUUGAAGAAUUUCUAAAGAUGGCCUUGAUGGGUCAUAGCCAUGUUAACUGACCGUCACUGAUAUUAUAAAGCUAAAUAUUUAUGUUAAUCCUUUUUUAUUUUCCACUUAGCAAAUAAAAUAUUUCGAGCUUAAGUUAACCUUCAUUAUAAUUUGACUAUAUUAUGCACCUGAUUUGAAACUGAAAUACUAAGUUACUUCAAUUACAGUACCUAAAAUUUCCAAAGAUUUUUGUGAUGUGUGCAUACAAAUUAAAAUUUUAUGACUAGAAAUUAACUAUGCAGUAACAAUUUAAUUUUUAUUUCCUUUCAUGUGUAAUACGUGUUUGUUACAGUUGUUUAGAUGUGAUAAGUCUCGAGACAAAGUUCAGGUCAUUGUAGCACUCCGUAUUGUUUUUUUUAUCACUGAAUUUUAAGACUUGAAUCUUGCAAAAGUACGAUUGUUAUGAGAUAGGUCUUUAAGUUUUGUCUGUUUUUGUCAAUAUUUUAAUAAGUUGUGAUUUUAUGAGGCACUAAAUAUGUUAAUCAAUUUUAGACUGCGGACAUUGCUGGGUGUAGUUUUAAGACAUUCCGAGUCACUGCAGUUACGUGUUGAAACCACAUGUGUGAGUACGUUCUUUGAUGCGGACAAACACAGGCAGUUGAAAAGUACGCAAAUUUUGGCAAAUAACGUGACCAGGUUUCAUGUAGUAAUGAUGAUUGUUGCUACUUUUUAUGAUGUUAGUCUCUCCUAGUUACUUCAUCCAAUUACUUACUGUCUUUGCAAUGCUGAUGAGUUUGUCAUUGUCAGUUGAUUCCUGUCUGAAGCCUGCCAGUGUUUGUCCUUAUUGUGUGUGUCUAUACUACUUUCAUCUGACCAUAUAGUUUUAUAAGCACGUUUUGAAAUAAAUAAAUUUAUAUGUAUACAAUGAACUUUAUAUUACCUGUACAAAUUUGUUAACUUGUAAAGUUACAUGUGGGUGUGAUUGAUUGUAAAUAAGUUUAUUUGAAGUGAAAGCCAUAAAUAGUAUAAUGUAUUUAAAAAACAGUUAAGUUUUAAAUUAUGUACAAAAAAGAUACCAUUUGUAAAUAAUUUAUGUAAUGUUAUCAUCUAAUGUUAAUUUUUGUGAGAUUUAGGUUUUUACUAUAACAACCUAUGGAGUUUCAAAAUUUUGUUGUUUAAAAAAAAAUUAUUGUACUUAAUGCACACAACUGCAUGUGGUUGCAAAAAUUUUUGAGUGACAAGCACUGUUUGAUUAAUUGUGCAUGUUAAAAUGUAGUGUUACGGUGUGUGGUGGAAAAUUGUUCAAUGAUUGAAUUACAUAUUUUUUUUUUUCAAAA